ACAAAACCAUCCUUACAUCGAACUUUGAACGAAUUCAAGAUCCCCGGCAUGACGAUGCGCAUGAUCUUUAGUAUGCAAGGCUUCAAUCGCCUCACCUCCAUUGCCAUCGGAGGAGCUGCUGGCUAUGCCUUUACCAACCCAGACGUGGACAACGUCUAUGAUCUCUUCCCGCUUCAGAAGCCACCUCCCUAUGCUUUCCUGAACCUGUACAAAGUCAAGGAAGAGGAGAAACAUGAGUUCGAGCAAAGCUGGAAGGAAGUGGCAAAGUUUAACCAGCGACAAGAAGGGUAUUUGUUCACCAGGUUCAUGAAGGCAGAUCCACGUGCAGAAGGCUAUGAAAAUCGGACGUACGACUACAUCGACAUCGUGCAGUGGACCACCGGUGAUGCCCAACGACGUGCAUCACUGAGGACUGCCUACGUUGAAUUGGAGAAGAAGAUGCCUGGAGAACGAAUGGCGGCCCCGAUGAUGUUCAGCCAAGUGGUCGACGAUACGCAAAAGACUCCGACCUAAGUCGGCCCAGCGCCCAGCGCCCGUGAGGCGAUUUUCGCGGCGCUCGACGACGCAGCGACGCAGUGCAGCAGCGCUUCGGGAAAGAACACAUGAAAAGGGUCACUGGCCGGGCUGUGGGAUAGUUGUGAUAGUUUCGGAAGUAUGAAAGGAGGGUUGCUUGAAGCUUGAGAGGAUAAUUAGACUCAUUCAUGGAUGUUCAAUUGCUUUUGCGAAUGGUUGGAUGUUAAAAAAGAUAAUCAGAAGAUAUUAGAAGUGGGUUUGAUCCGAAUGGACCCAAUCAAGGGGCAACCUCGCUUCAAGUUGUCUUCAUCUCAGGUCUAAGGGAGUUGGACGCUUCUGAAGAAGGGCUAGGCAGCCUUGUUUUGCAGGCUGCCACGAAAAACUGGCUCCUGGCCGGAUCGCGGUUGCAUGUUGUUCAUCGUGGGAAGCACCGGUGGUUGGAGCAUUUCAGGUGGUUCCGCAAUGGCUGGGGCCCACAGCGGCUGGAAGGAUCGUCGGGUCGCGCAUGUGAAGAAUCGUUGACUGGUGCGAGUUCCGCGCAUUCCUCACCAUGAUGCACCUCUGGAAGACACCUUGGAGCUGUAGCAUGAGGGAUCAGUGGCCCUUAAGGGAUCAGUGGCCCUUAUAACGUUAUUUUUCUUGACAUAACUUCUAAUUCUUGUGGACCAGUUCCAUUGGACACCCUUUGGGGCAGUCCUGGUAUGUUCCGAUGUGUUUCACGAACCUCAUACAAAGAUCAUCGAUAUGGCCUUCCCCUCAAAGGAAGAAGCGUGGGACAUCAUGAGGUUGGUAAACAGAUCAGGCAACCCAUGGAAUAUCCUUGGUGAUGCAAGCAGUGGUUGCUUCAUCUCCCUGGUGGUUGUGUCGGGGUUGUUCUGUCAACAGGAGCUUAGGUCUGUGGGGAUUUGUUGCAGGCUGUGUUGUGGCACCCCUUUGAUGCACUGCACCACCGAAGCAACGCAGCCGUGCUCUAGGCGCCACUGCUGCAGCUAGAGGUUCAAC